AUGGACUUGGGCGACCACCAGGAGGGGGCCUCCGACAGCCAGCAGCAGCUGCAGGAGGGCCGGAAGAGGCAACGCCGCCAUACACCGGAGCAGGCUAAAAAGCUGGAGGAGUCGUUCCAGAAGUGCGGCUACCCCGAUGAUACCCAGAGCGCUCAGCUUGGGCGCGAGCUUGGCCUGGAGACCAAGCAGAUUGAGUACGAGCGGGCAGAGAACCUCUUCCUCCGCGAGGAGAACAGGAGGAUCCUGUCCGAGAACAUGGUCAUGCGGGAGGUGCUCAAGAACUUCAUCUGCCUCAACCCCAACUGCAUCGCCAAGCACUACAUCGACCAGCAGGAGGAACUCAAUAAGGAGAACGCUAGCCUCAAGGCGGGGUCCCUCCGCUGCGCCACAUCUUUCCAAGAUGAGCUCUAG